CAUUGAAUGCACAUUUCAAGUCCAAUGCUUUCACUUGAAUAGAUCUCUCUCUCUCUCUCUCUCUCUCUGCCAUUACCAAAUCAUCAAAAUCCCACAGAAUCUAACUCCAUUCAAUUCCUUCUUCUUUUUAUCCUAGUCCAAAUUCUAUUGGUUAAUUUAAGUUUCUUUUUUCCUGAAAGAAAAAACGUUCUUAUGGCCGAUCAGCUCAGCUUAAUAUGCAGGAGUUCCUUCAAUUUGUAAUGCAAUCAGUUGAUGACAGUAAAGAAAAGAAGAAGAGUUUGAAACGAUCAAGAUCAUUGUCCCCUCGGGAUAUGCCUGUGACCGACUGCACUGCUAUGCAAACUAUUGACGAUUGCAUUCUUUUCCCUGUUGAAGAGAUAGUUCAAUCCCCACUGCCUGGAUAUGUAGCGCCUACAUCUGUUAGUUUUAGUCCAGAUGAUAGUUUGAUAGCUUUUCUAUUUAGUCCUGAUCACACUUUGAGUAGAAAGGUUUUCACUCUUGAUCUCAAUGCUGGCAAGCAAGAGCUAUUUUUCUCUCCCCCGGAUGGUGGACUUGAUGAGAGUAAUAUAUCACCGGAAGAGAAGCUGAGGAGAGAGAGGUCAAGGGAGCGUGGCCUGGGAGUCACACGUUAUGAAUGGGUGAAGACUAUGUCCAAGAAGAAAACUAUUAUGGUGCCUUUGCCUGGAGGGAUUUAUUUCAAGGAGUUUUCUGGUUCAAAACCAGAGCUCAAGCUUCCAAGCAUGCCAUCAUCACCAAUCAUCGAUCCGCAUCUUUCCCCAGAUGGCACUAUGCUUGCUUACAUAAGAGAUUAUGAGCUGCAUGUUCUGAAUCUCUUGUGCAAUGAACAAAGACAAUUAACAUUUGGCGCCAAUGGGGACAUUCUGACUCAUGCACUUGCUGAGUAUAUAGCUCAGGAGGAGAUGGAUCGAAAAACUGGGUAUUGGUGGUCACUAGAUAGCAAGUUCAUUGCAUUUACGGAGGUUGAUUAUUCUGAGAUACCUCUUUUUAGAAUUAUGCAUCAAGGUAAAAGCUCAGUUGGUCCAGAGGCAGAGGAAGACCAUGCAUAUCCUUUUGCAGGAGCUUCAAACGUCAAAGUUCGCCUUGGGGUGGUUUCCACUGCUGGUGCUCCUGUCACUUGGAUGGAUCUUUUCUGUGGGGGAUCAAACUACGAGGACGAAUAUUUGGCCAGAGUCAACUGGAUGCAUGGAAAUGUUCUUACAGCACAAGUCUUGAAUAGGUCUCACUCCAAAUUAAAGAUCCUUAAGUUUGAUAUCAAGACCGGCCAAAAAUAUGUUGUCAUGGUCGAAGAACUAAAACCUUGGAUUAAUCUGCAUGACUGCUUUACACCUCUGGACAAAGGAGUCACCAGAUAUUCUGGGGGGUUCAUCUGGGCAAGUGAAAGAACAGGAUACAGACAUCUUUAUCUGCAUGAUGCUAAUGGGACUUGCUUAGGACCCAUUACAGAUGGUGACUGGAUGGUUGAACAAAUUGCUGGUAUAAAUGAGGCUGCAGGGCUUGUGUAUUUCACUGGAACUCUUGAUGGACCUUUGGAAUCGCACCUUUAUUAUACUAGACUAUGCCCAGAUGAAAAUUCUACUUUGCAAGCUCCCGUCAGAUUGACUCAUGGCAAGGGAAAACAUGUGGUUGUGCUUGAUCACCACAUGCGGAAGUUUGUUGAUAUUUAUGAUUCUCUUAAUUCUCCCCCUAGAGUUUUGCUUUGCAACUUGAUUGAUGGAAGUGUAAUAAUAUCUCUUUAUGAGCAACCAUUCACCAUUCCCAGGCUUAAAAGGCUUCAACUUGAGCCUCCAGAGAUAGUUCAGAUACAGGCAAAUGAUGGUACCAUGCUAUAUGGGGCUUUAUAUAAGCCUGAUGCUGCAAGAUUUGGUCCUCCACCGUACAAAACCUUGAUCAGUGUGUAUGGUGGUCCUAGUGUACAGCUUGUAUGUGAUUCAUGGAUAAAUACAGUUGACAUGAGAGCGCAAUACUUGAGGAGCAAAGGCAUUUUAGUUUGGAAGUUAGAUAAUAGAGGAACAGCUAGACGGGGACUGAAGUUUGAAGGCUGUCUCAAAAACAACAUUGGCCGUGUUGAUGCUGAGGAUCAGCUUACUGGAGCUGAAUGGCUAAUUAAAAAAGGGCUAGCAAAAGCUGGCCAUAUUGGGUUGUAUGGUUGGAGCUAUGGUGGUUAUCUCUCGGCUGUGACCUUGGCUAGGUUUCCUGAUGUCUUUCAAUGCGCUGUCUCUGGUGCUCCUGUUACAUCAUGGGAUGGAUAUGACACAUUUUACACCGAGAAGUACAUGGGAUUGCCUUCUGAGGAUGCUGAAAGUUAUGAGUAUGGCUCUGUGAUGCACCAUGUGAAUACGAUGAAAGGAAGGCUCCUAUUGGUACACGGCAUGAUUGACGAAAAUGUACAUUUUAGGCACACGGCGAGGCUUAUUAAUGCUCUUGUGGCAGCUAGAAAGUUGUAUGAGCUGUUGAUUUUUCCAGAUGAACGUCACAUGCCACGCCGUCACAGAGACCGAAUUUAUAUGGAAGAGAGGAUAUGGGAAUUCAUAGAGAGGAGCUUGUGAGGUAACUUCUUGUUCAUACAUCAUCUAUAGUGUUGUUUGUCAGGAAAGAGAAUACUGUGGGGUUCAUUUCUCUUCUUAAGAGAGUUAGAUUUGUCUACCCUCUUUUGAAAUUUUAUAAAAAUCUGGGAAAACAUCUCAUGUAUUUUUUAUUUUUUAAAAAAAUUUCAAUUUCAUAAUCUAGCCAAUCAAUCUUUACAUAGAGCAAAGUAGACGCUGGUACUCUGCCAAUUGCUAUGUAUUGAUGAAGAUCCAGUAAGUGUGACUGAUGCUUUCUAUUGAAAGGGAAAAUAUAGAGUUCAGAGAGAGUGGAGUUGAAUAUCUUGCAGGGGCCCAACUUCAUCAUUUCAGUCAACAUAGCUACAGAGGUAUUUAGGAAGGAGGGUAGCAUGGCCAAGUUCUGAUCAACGCAUGAAAUGGGUGGCAAUGACUUAGCACUAGCUAUGUUUUGUCUAGUCGCUGAGUGGAGGAGAAGCAUAAGAUACUAUAAUAGGUGCAGCAUAAGAUACAUUGGAAUGCUUUCUGUUCAUGCUUGCCCACACGCCUCUCUCAUUGCAUAGACUUGCAACUUCCCAUUAAGUUGAUUUUAUUAUCUAUUUUGUAGCUUCAAACAUACAAGUCUAUUGCUAAUCUAUAUACAAUUUCCUUUCA